UAUACAAGAAUGUACAUUCAACUGCAAGAAGUCUUUCCUGUUUUAGGCAAACAUGGCUGUCUCUCCUAUCAACCAAACCUCCCUUCACCAUUUUCGCUCCAUCAGCUUUCCCACUAGAGCACACCUGCUCAUUUCAGAAUUCAACAACCAAUUGAGCAGAUUGAGAUAUUCUGAAGCAACCUCUUCAUCAUCAACAUCAUUAAGCCAGAAACUAAUUGGGCUUCAAAAUUUACAUGACUCUGUUGAUUACUUACUCCUGUUGCCUUUUGCACAAUCCUUAUCCCAAGAGCAGAAUCAGAAUUGGUUUAAUGAGCUGUUGGAUGGAUGUCUCAGGCUCUUGGAUGUGUGUGGUGUAGCAAGGGAUGCAUUGUUGCAAACAAAGGAAUCCACACAUGAACUUCAAUCAACCCUGCGCAGAAGACAUGGCAGUAAAAUGGAGCUUGCAAGGGAGGUUGAAAAAUACUUGGCCUCUAGGAAGGUGGUAAAAAAGGCAAUGCAGAAGGCCUUGAAGGGCAUGCAAACUAAGUUGAACUCUAAGAAAAAUGAAGAUCUAGCCAUUGUUAGCUUGUUAAAAGAGCUAGAGGCUGUAACUAUUUUGGUUUUUGAAUCACUCUUGACCUUCAUAGUUGGAUCUAAGUUACAAUCAAAAUCAAGCGGCUGGUUUGUAGUUUCCAAGCUGGUGCACCCCAAGAGAAUAGCAUGUGAGGGUGAAGAAACAGAUGCAAAUGACUUUGAGAAGGAAGAUGCUAAUGUUUUCACAAUCCAGCCUGCAGGUUCCAAUUUUUACUCUGCAUAUAAUACUGAGCUUUUAGAGAUUGCAGGGCAUGAAUCUGGUUGA